AUGGCGGGCGAUGGCGCAACAUGUGCAGCUGCUCCAGCAGCAGCAGCGGAUGAUGCAGCAGCAAGCUCUUCAGCUGAGGAGGCUGCGGGCUCCCCACCGGCAGCAGCAGCAGCAGCGGGAGCACCUGCAGCAGCAACAUCAGAAGCAGCAGCAGCAGCAGAGUUCUCCGCUUCUUCUGGUGAUGAACUUGCUGUAGAUCUGCAUGCAAGGGAGACGGGAGACUGCUUGGAGUGUCGUCAGCAUCUGCUGUCCGUCUUAGCUGCUGUAGUUAAAGCUCUCGGACCCAACAGGCGCCCCUCUGCUGCUGCUGCAGCAGCUGCUGCUGCUGCUGCUGCAGCAGAUCGCGAAGCUGCUGCAGCAGAUGAAGCAGCAGAGGCUGCAGAACGAGAAGCAGAAGCAGCAGCAAUAGAGGCAGAAAGACUCCGAGGGAAGGAGGGUGCAGCAGCAACAGCAGCAGCAGCAGCUGCUGCUGCUGCCGCGGAGGCAGCAGAGAAAGCAGAAGCAAGUGCAGCAGCAGCAGCAGAAGCAGCAGCAGCAGCAGAGACAGUUGAAGCAGAUCAUAUGGAUGGGUUUGUCUCCGUGUCUCUAGAGGAGCUGCAGCUGCUAGCAGAAUCAGCAGGAGACCCGACUCAAGCAGCAGCAUUGCUGCAGCACAAUGCAGCAGAGUUGCUGCUGCUGCUGCUGCAGCAGUGGGUGCUGCCAGGCUUGGAGAGCCUUUCCGCUGCUGCUUCUCAGCAGCAACAGCAGCAACAACAGCAGCAGCAAGGCCAGCCUGCUGCUGUUGUUGCUGUCGCACGAAGGCUGCAACGAGUUAGCAGAACGGCAGGUGUAUCUGCAGCAACAAUAACAGAGCUGCUGCUGACAGCAGCAGCAAAUCUGGUUUCUUUCACCCCAAGUGCAGAGGACUUCAAGCGAGAAGCAACAGUUGCUUCUGCUGCUGCUGCUGCACUUGCUGCGUCUCUCCCUCUUGCUGCUGAUGUAUUUGCUGCUGCUGUGCUCAGCUGUACGCAUGCAGGAGCCUUGAAGGAAGCGUUUAGGGGUUUAUCUGCUACUCUAAGCUUGCGGCAGCAGGAGCAGCAGCAGCAGCAGCAGGAUCCUGAGCAGCAGCAACAGCAGCAGCAGCAGCCGCAGUACACGCUGCAGCAGCAGCUGCAAGGAGCAAGGGACAGGCGGCUGCUGCUGCUACGCACAGCCCCAACUGCAGCAGCAGCAGCAGAUUUGCUGUCGCGGUGUAUGUAUGUGCUGCGGCAGGCUCUACAUGAGCCGCUGCUGAGUGCAGCAGCACAUUGCGUUGCUUUGCUGCUGGCUGCUAGCGAUAUGGAUAUGACAGCAGCAGCAAACUUUGCUGCUGCAGCAGCAAAAGCAGCAGCAAAAGCUAAGGGGGAAGUAGCAGUGCCUACCGAAGAGGAAGUACUGGGGGCGACACCUCCGCUGCUGCUGCUGCUGCGGCAGCAGCACCAGCAGCAAAUGCUGCUGCUUAUCACAAUUGAGAGAGCAGCAGAAUUGCUAAGGACCCCCUUGCUCCCAUCAACUGCUGCUGCUCCUGCUGUAUCCUUAGACAUAUCUCCUCAAGAAAGAGCAGAGAACUUCUUGCUGCAGUUGUGGCAGCAAGUGCAGCAGCAGCAGCAGCAGCUGCUGGAUGAGGAGAACAGCAACACGUUGGCUUCCUUGCUGCUGCUCUGUGCUGAUCUCCUUAAAGGAGACCCUGGUUUGCUGCUGCAGGGGCCCCCUAAGGGGCCCCCUAACCCUAUGGGUGCUGCUGAGAUGCUGAUACAGAUCUGCUGCUGCAGCUGCUGCUGCUGCAGCAGCGAUACCGCCCUAGAAGCAGCUCUGCUGCUGCACUUUGUUUUAUUCGAGAACAACGAGAACACAGGAAUAAAACCUCAGGAGUUUGGAGGCAUCACAACUCGCCUAGCAGCAGAGUCUCGCUGCAGCGACAGCAUCGACAGCAGCAGCAGCAGCAGCAGCAGCAGCAGCAGUGCGAGCAGCGGCAGCGGAAGCAGCGAUAAUAACAAAAUCUGCAGCAAACACACCAGCAGCCGCAAAGACAACAGCAGCGAUGACGGAGGAGAGAAGAAAUACAAUAAACCUUCCUGCAAGAAAGAAGCAGCAGCAGCAGAACCAGCAGCAGCAGAACCAGCAGCAGCAGAACCAGCACCAGAAACCCCAGCAGCAGCAGCAGCAGCGGCAGCAGCAGCAGAACCAGCAGCCCCAGAAGCAGCACCAUCAGCGUCCGGGGGCGGCACAACAACGCCAGCAGCAACCAGCAGCAGCAGCAGCAGCAGCAGCAGCAGCAGCGGCAGCAGCAGCAGCGAGGUGCAGGCAUUAGCGCGGCAGGUGAUGGCAGCAUCUGUAGCAUACUUCCGCAGUUUGCUGCAGUCUCCUGUGGGCCCCGACAUCAUAGAGCGCUCGCUGCUGCUGCUGCAGCAGCAACCUGAGUACAGCACUGAACCUGAAAGAGCUGCUUCGGUGCUGCUGCUGCUGCAGCACUCCAGGGAGGAGCAGCUAGAGAUACACAGGCCCGAGGUACGCCGCCUCAUUCGAUUUCUUGAAGAGCAGCAAGAAUAA